AUGGAGAUUGAGAGUCACGUUUCAGUCCCUGGGAAGAAUCUAGUUAAAGUAGAGUUCAAGCUUGGGACAGAGAGCUACACUAUUGAUUCAAUCAAUGGUGAUACUCAUAAUGUUCAAGAUGAUGAUGUCCCUGACCAAAUCUUGUCUAAUGAUGAUGCUUCUCCUGUGAAACCACCCAAGAAGACAAAGAUUUGA